UAGACUAGUCCUCACAAUUUCUCCCUUGUAUCCGCGAAUCACCCUAUAUUUCCUCCGUCCCUUAAACUUUCUCUCUCUACAUUUUUCGCACAAAAAAGCAUUCUGAGCUGUACGAAAGCUGUUAGUUUCCUCCAAUUCCUCCACCGAUCAGUUAGUUAGGGCUUUGAUUACUGUUGAUAUGGCAAAUCGAAAGGAGGAUGAGAAGAAUGAAAGGACUAUACGGAAUCUGCUUAAGCUUCCUGAUAAUCGACGGUGUAUGAACUGUAAUAGUUUGGGCCCGCAAUAUGUUUGCACUAAUUUCUGGACAUUUGUUUGCACAACAUGCAGCGGUAUACAUCGGGAGUUCACUCAUAGAGUGAAGUCAGUAUCCAUGGCUAAAUUUACCUCACAAGAAGUUAGUGCCCUCCAAGGAGGAGGAAAUGCGAGUGCAAAGGUAAUAUAUUUGAAGGACUGGGACACGCAGCGUAAUUCUCUCCCAGACGGCAGUAAUGUAGAGAGGCUUCGUGAUUUUAUUAAGCAUGUCUAUGUGGAUAGAAGAUACACUGGUGAAAGGAGCUUUGAGAAGCCACCAAGGGGAAAAAUGGCUGAAGCUGAGAACUUAAGCGAAAACAGGAAGACUGAUACCUACCAAAGUGGGUCUCGAAGCCCACCAAAUGAGGAAGUAUAUGAGCGACGAUACAGCAACAGGCCUAGUCCUGGUGGGAGUAGUGGUGGGAGAAGUCCUGGAUAUGAUCAAAGAAGUCCUGCACGUGCUGAAGUAAUCAAUGACUGGCGACGAGAGGAUAGAUUUGGGAAUGGAAGGCGAUCUGAUGAUGGUAGAAUUUCGGAUGGAGGAUCCAAGUUUGAAAGCAUGUCACCUGAUCGUCAGAGCGACCUUGAUUCAUCCAGUCCCCCAAUUGUUCGACCUGUUAGAGAGAUUCUUGGAGAGAGUGUAUCUCCCCUUCGAGUUAUUGAACCUCCAAAAACCAAUGGUGGUAGGUCUGCUGCUGGUGGCUCUGUGCUAACCCAGAGGACUGCAUCUUCCAGUAGCUUGACGUCCUCCAACGGGAACCCUGUUGAACUUAAGACAGAAACCUCAUUAAUCGAUUUUGAUGAUGUUCCUGAACCUGCAGCUUCUGCACCGGCCCCACAAAUACAACAAUCUGCUACAGUCAUACCUGUUGCACAACCGACAAAAUCUGCUGCUGACAACUGGGCGAAUUUUGAUUCAUUAGCAGAGGUGAAAGCAUCUCCAGCUCCUUCAAACACCAAUCUACUGGAAUCUAUAUUCUCAGAGUUGGCUGCUCCAGCAACUGUAACUGGUCACUCUGCAGCAUUUACAGGUGGUAGUGCACCUCCAGUCACUCCCUUCAGUAGUUUUGUUCCAGGAGCUGCAACUGUGGAAAACUCAGUAGCAUUUCCAUUUGGUGGUGCUUCAGCUGCACCCACUGGACCGACAUCACUACCGCCGGUUAGUGGUGGUAAUGCCUUCGCAAAUAAUCCCGGAGGACAAUGGUCUAAUAUGCUACCUCAGCAGAGUUCCUUGUUUCCUGUGACUGGCCCACAACCCAUAUCGCAGCUUUCUACUCCAGCUGCUGGUGGACCUUCUGGAAAUCAGCAGUGGAAUCCUUCAGUUACCGCAACUACACCUGGGUUUCCUAGUACGGGAACUGCACAAGUGUCUCAAGGUGUAAACCCUGCCCUUCUGGGAGCCACUUCUGCAGUUGCAUCUCAAGCUGCUCCUGUUGAAAUCAAAUCUAGUGGAAGGAAACAACUGCCUGAGGAUUUGUUUGCUGUAAAUUAUUCUUCAAUUCCUGGUGCUUUUCCGGGCUGGCAUACUGGUCCACAGCACGGCUAUGGAUUCGCAAUGCAAUACAACAUGUCUGUGGCUACAAAUGCUUUGCCACAGCCAUCAAAAUCAGCAAAUCCUUUUGAUGUCAUAAACGAGCCAUCUUCACAAGCCUCAACGUUUCCGUCAAUGGCAUCAUUACAAGGUGCAUUACCGAACAUGGUCCCUCCGACUGGAUUGCUGCAUACAUCCAGCCUCGGUGCCCCAACUUCUUAUCCUCCGGCAAUGCCUCAGCAGUCACCAUCUUAUGCAUCAGCAGUUCCACCAGGCUCAUACAUGGGGCAUCAAGUAGCUGGUAGCAUGCCACAAAGACCACCAGGAGUAGCAAGCUUUGGCUUCGAUGCUUUUGGAGCUCUAAACUCGAAUCAGCAGCCAGGUGGAUUAUAUUCUGCACCCGCUUCCCAGAACACCUUCUCUUCUUCUGGAGGAAACCCAUUUGGUUAAAGAAAAUUCAUCUCAUAUGUGCAUUGUGUUGUUGCUUCCUCUGGUAGCAUCGAGUGGAGAUAUGUUAUUAGCUGCUUGGUGUAGAAAAUUUUGUGAUCGAGAUAUUUCCAAGGGUUAUGACAUUCAUCAUCGAGCAUCUGAUCCUCUUUAUAUGUGAUGCUGCCAACUGUAGUUAGAUGCGGGAAGGAGCUAAAGAAUUAUCGAUGAGAAGGAACCUCCAUAUGAGAGUGAUGCCUGUUGCGUGCAUUUUGCCUGCUGCACCUAAAAUGUUUAUUAUUCUCUUUUUUAUUUUUUAAAUCAUUUUUUAAUCUUAUUUUUUCAUCCCUCCCUUGCUGCCCUGAAGUUAUAUUGUUUUAUUUUUGGCUUUUGCUACUCUUGUUGUGGUCAGUGGUUUAUCAUUAAAGAAUUCCAGCUGUAUUGUACAAUUUGUAUUACUAGUACAAUAGGAUGUAAUGUAAUAUCUGUAUUUCUUUUUAUGAUUAAUAAACCUGUGCAGUUUUUAUC